AUGCCUAAAAGUGAAAGAUCGAGACGUGGUACACUAAUAAUUAAUAAUAAAGAUAAUUUAUGUUUACCAAGAUCAAUCGUAGUAAAAUUAUCUGAAUUAGAGACAAAUAAACUUGACGUGGCUAGAUUAAAAGCAGUUCGUGACGCUCGAUAUGAAUUACAAAAAACAUUGACUCUUGGAUUUAUAAAUAAAUCUGGUGUUGUUAUUCCACCUGAGGGAUAUUUAGUUGAGGGUUUUAUUCGUGAAGAACAAAAUUAUAUACCAAUUGCAUAUUAUGAAAAUAGUCAUCAUUAUGAAGCAAUAAAUACUAUAAUAACUUUUAUGCAUGGUACAAAAAAAUAUUGUUUAAUUUGUGAUGAAAAAUAUUCAUCACCUGAAACGCAUUUGUCAUGUCCUGGUCGUUGUGACCGAUGUUUAAAUAAAUUGUGUGAGAUAAAUGUAGAUUUAAUCGAGUGUCGUGAUUGUGACCGGGCAUUUUAUGGACAACAGUGUUUAGACAAACAUAGGACAACUCAAUCUUAUAAUUCAAAGCAUUCAGUGUGUGAGGUACCACCACCAGAAAUGUAUGGUGUGCGUGCGAAAAAUAAAAAAGAAGCUGACAAAUUUGAUAAGUGGUAUAAAAAAAGAGUAGACUCUGGAGAAUUAUUUGAUUUUAGAAAGGAAAUGAAACUUUAUUGUACUCUAGAUGUAAUUGUUUUACGUAUGGCAUGUUUAAAAUUUAUAAAUUUAACUUCAAAAAUUACUAAUGUUAAUCCAUUCCGUGAAGCUUUGACUUGUGCUUCAUUAUGUAUGCCUGUUUUUCAACGUAAUUAUCUUACUAAAGAAAAAAUCGGAAUCGUUCACAGGUCUGGUUAUAGAUUAAGUGACAAUCAGUCAAAAGAAGCUCUUCAGUGGCUGGAAUGGUUAGCUUAUUCAACAGCAAGUAAUAUUCAACAUGCUGGUAACUCUCAUGAAGUCAAAAUAGGUCCAAAAAAAAUUAGAGUUGAUGGUAUAAAUGAAAGACGAAAAAACAUUUUUCAGUAUCAUGGUUGUUGGUGGCAUGGAUGUAUUGAGUGUUUUAUGUUUAAUCGUGAUCAUGUACAAAAAGAUGGUACAACUUUGAAUGAACGUUAUGAACGCACGCAAGAUAUUACAAAGUAUUUAGAAGAUCAAGGUUAUGAUGUUAUUGAAAAAUGGGGAUGUGAAUUUAAGAAAUUGUUAAAAGAUGUACCUCAAGUAAAAAAAUUUGUUGAUUCUAUUGAUGUAAAUUAUAACACAGCAUUGAACCCACGUGAUGCUUAUUUUGGUGGUAGAACGGAGAAUUUCGUCGAGUCAUAUACAGUACAACCCGGAGAAACUAUACAGUAUGUAGAUUUCACAAGUCUGUAUCCGAGUGUCCUUCAGCAAUCUGCAUUUCCAUUAGCUCAUCCUAAAGUAUAUGCUGGUCGCGAUAUCGAGAAAAAAUUUCCAAAUAAUGAUAUAUCAAAAAUUGAUGGAUUAAUAAAAUGUCGUGUACUUGCACCGUCUGAUUUACACAUGCCUGUUUUGCCGGUACGUUCAAAAAAUAAAAAACUUUAUUUCCCACUCUGUCGUACAUGUGUUGAUACAAUGGAGUCAGGUUUUUGUAAUCAUAAUAAUAAUGAGAGAAGUUUAAUCGGUACUUGGGUGUCGUCAGAACUAAAACUUGCUUUAACAAAAGGAUAUGUCAUAGAAAAAAUAUAUGAAGUUUGGCAUUACGAUAAAAUGACGAUGAAUAAUAAGGAAACUAAUGAAGUCGGUUUAUUUACAGGAUAUAUAAAUACUUUUCUAAAAAUAAAACAAGAAGCCAGUAAGUACCCAUCUUGGGUCAAAACUGAAUCUGAUAAAGAUCAAUAUAUCGAGGAAUAUUUUCAAGCUGAAAAUAUUAAACUUGAUAAAGAAAAAAUAGAUUUUAAUCCAGGUCUCCGUACAUUGAGUAAAAAUAUGCUCAAUUCGUUAUAUGGUAAAUUAGGACAAAGAAGUUCUUUAUGGCGUAAAACAAUUUGCAGUGAUUUGCAAGAAUUUUAUGAGAUAGUAGAUAACGAAAAAAAUUUAAUUCAAUUUAUCGAACCAAUAAAUCAAGAAACUGUCUUAAUUUCGUUGAAAUUAAUUAAUGAAGAAGAACCUUUAACAAAAACAGCUAACGUUGUAUUGGCGGCUUUUACGACAGCGUACGCUCGGGAAAAAUUAUAUUCUUGGAGUAAAUUGGGAGAUUUAACUGAUGAGCUAGAAGAGUAUGGAGAAGGUUCAUAUAUAAAAUCUUUUAUAUCGGGUGGGCCAAAAUUUUAUUCUUUUAUUGUACAAAAAGCUGAUGGUGGUCAAGUAGAAGUCUGUAAAUUGAAAGGUGUACGGCUUGACUUGGAAGCACAAAAAUUUAUAAAUUUUAAUACUGUUAAAUCAUUAAUUAAGCGUGAAAUAGAUCCUUUUAAAAUUGAAUAUAAUUCUAUCCGUAGAACAAGAGAUCUACAAGUGUACUCUACUAUUGAUAAAAAAAUGAUUUCUGUUACAGGACCUAAGCGUAAUCACUACGAGAAUAUUACAUAUCCUCUGGGCUAUAAAAAACAACGUGUGUAA